GGCGCGCUCCGCUCAGUCCUUCCCCGACUCACAGCCGGGCCGGACGCGCCAGGCGGGGCGCGCGAGGCAAACGCACCGCACAGCGUCGCGAACACGCGCCCGGUCACGCACGCGUCACGCACGCGUCACGCACGCGUCUCGAGUCGUGUGUAUAGCGUCAGCGUCGACAUGGAGAUUAGCUGAGUGUCGCGGGUGUCCGUGUACGUGAAUGAGUGCGACAGUGAGCAGUGAGUGUGUGAGUGAGUGCGACCGCGGAUACGUGAGUGAUGAUGAUGACGACGACGUGCCUCAAGUGAAUGACGAGUGAUGCCACACCGCUGCCUCCCCCACCAUGAGGCAGCCGCGGCCUCCGCCGGGGACUUGGAGACGCGUCAGUGACCACGGGUGACCGCGUGACCGCGAGUGACCGCGAGUGACCGCGAGUGACCGCGAGUGACCGCGAGUGACCGCGAGUGACCGCGGGUGCCGCGAGUGACCGCGGGUGCCGUGACCACGCCCGCCGGCCCUUCCCCUGCUGGACGCGGGGGUGUGCACACGGUGCGCGGACCGCCGCCGCGGUGUACAGUCCCUGACAUAAGGGUUACAUCAGCGGCGCGGACUGCAGCGGCGCCGGCGCCCAGCCAGGACUACGUAGGGCAGGGCGGCCCCAGCCGGCCCCAGCCGCCGCUCUCUGCGCCCAACAUCACUCCGGCAUGUUCCUGACGCUGCUGCUGCCGCUGCUGGUGCUGCUGGAGCCGUGGGGGCUGCGGGGCCCGUGGGGGCGGCCCGUGCUGGCGCUGGGGGCGGUGGUGCCGCCGUCCUGGGCCGACCCGCGCCACAACCCGUGCGCCUCGCAGCCGGGCGGCUGGCAGCUGCUGCUCUGGCCGGCGGACGGCCGCUGCUACCGCAUCUUCCGCCGCGGGCACCCGUGCCCACCCAGCAUGGAGCUGACCCCGGGCGUGGGGCCGGGCGGCGCCCCGGGCUGCCGGUGCCCGCCGGGGCUGGCGCUCAGGGGCGCGGCCACCAAGGGUGCGGGCGCGCAGUGCCACCCCCUGCUGGAGCAGGGCCCGUGCCCGCAGGGCCAGUACCUGGCGCCGCUGCCGCCGCCCGCAGCGUCCGAAGACAGGGUGCCUGACCUCCGCGGCGCCUGCCGCGCCCCGGACCCCUGCCCCGUCGGCCACGUGUUCUGGCCGCGCGACGGACGCUGCUACCCGCGCCUGUCCCGCGGCCCCUGCUACCGCGGCGAGCUGCUGGUGGCCGUCAACGCGUCCAGGACCGCGGCGGGCGCGCCGCUCGGGGCCUGCCGCUGCGAGCCGCGCGGCGACCUAGCGCGCUUCUACUCGCCGCUCACCAAGACCUGCCACGAGCACUACACGCCGGGCCCCUGCCAGGAGAAGGGCCUCCUGUUCCUGCCCGCAGGUCCGGGCGGCGGCCAGUGCGGCUGCAGCCCCGACCUGCCGCACUACCACUCCGCCACCGGCCAGUGCUACCAGAUCGACACCAUCGGUCCAUGCCCGGCCGGGCAUCGCUUCUCGACGCAUGGCGGCCGGAAGGCGCAGUGCCGCUGCAAGGGCGGCCACGUCCCCUGGCCGAGGCCGUCGGCGACCCCCGAGGGCGGCUCGGCGGAGGCCGAGGCCUGCUACCGGCCCUGGACGCGCGGGCCCUGCCCUGCGGGCCAGCUGCUGUCGGACGAGUCGGAGUGCGUGUCCGCGCCGUGCCGCCCCGGCCGCCUCUACUUCCCGGAGGACAAGAACUGCUACAAGGUGGGCGUGCGCGGGCCCUGCCCCAAGGGCCAGGUCGUGCUCUUCGAGACGGCAGUGCGGCCCGCGCUCGAGGGCAUCUCCUACCGAGGCAUGUGCGGCUGCACCGGCCCCAACGCCGCCUCGCGCUUCAGCUCCAACGACAUCUCCGGGAAGGCCAUCGAGGACAACCGGUGCAGUGUGGCGGCCGACAAGGACGCGGAGGGUGUCAAGCGCAGUGCGGCCACGGUGCGGACAGAGUCGCGGACAGAGUCCAGAACGGAGUCGCGGACAGUGCCACGGACAGAGUCGCGGACAGUGCCACGGACAGAGUCCAGAACAGAGUCGCGGACGGUGCCGCGGGACUGCGAGUCCAAGUCUCGUGCCAUAGUGUUCAAUGGGACGUGCUACUCCCUGUACACCCAGGGGCCCUGCCCGCUGGGCCAGUGGCUCGUCCCCCAGCGGCGGGGCCGCGAGGGGCGGAGCGACUCCGCUCCAGAACUGUGGUCCGACCCCAGUGCGAGGCCGAGGACAAUCGGCAGGUGCGACUGUCGGCCGGGGUACAAGUCGGUGGUCGUACCAGCCUCCAACAGCUCGGCCAGCACGCUCGAGUGUCAGGCACCCACAGUCGUGCUUGCCUCAUUUUUAAAUUCAAGAGGAUUUGCAGGGAUGUAGAAUUCCGUGCAGAUCGGUCGCCGCUCAAGUAAAACUGUGCAGUGCACGAGGCCCAAGAUGGGGCCACAGUUAUUUCUGACGUAUUUAAGUUGUACAAGACAUUCUUCCAGUGCCCUUGAUUGAGUGGUAGUUAGCUUAAAAUAUACUGGUCUAGAUAAAGCAUUACGUAGUAAUGGAAGAGUAUUACAUAUUGUAAUUAGAUACAUAUAAAUACGUAUCAUCUGAGAAAAGGGGGAAGCAAAAAGCCAGCUAAAUUUCAAACUGCGAACUUACUCGCUAGUUAUGCUUUGUCAGAAGUUAUGAUGGCCUGUCAAAAGUUCCAUCUUAGUUGAAUUGGAUGGUUUCCCCCUUAACUGUGACACUGCCUUUGAAAAUCAGUGGCAAAGUUAAAAACAUUGCAACUAUACAACAACUUUACUAUGCGAGACCAUAUUCAAGGUCCAAAGGCAGUAUCACAUUCAAAGAUGCCAAAAAAGUGUAGUGAACUUUAAAAAUUGUGUGAAGGCCUAGUCAGAAAUUACCGAAACAAGCAAUCUUGAGCUUCAGAAAUUUUUACAGCACUGUGAAGCUUCUAAUAUAGCAGAAGUUGAAAUGCAUUUGUUGUAAUAACUGUACUCACUCAGCAGCAUACUGGAGAUCAUGAAUGGCUUUCUCCAACUGCUUUAUCCGGUUGUCCCUUUGACGUAUGUCUUCACUCAACAUUUGAACUUGCUCUGCUCUUUCAUCAGCUGUUCUCUAAGAAAGAAAAAAGCAACAAGAAUUUAACAAUUUUGACCUUAUAGUCUUCAUUUUUAAUCAUGUUUAACUACAUGAUUGUUCUUACUAUUAGUUCAUCUUUCUCAUUUUCAAGAUCAUUGAUGGAACCAUGUAGUCUCUGUACUUCAGAGCGAAGGGAAUUCACUUCUUUUUCUAAGGCAGCGCGGUCAUAUUCCAAUUUUUGAAUUCGCUCCUGUUGAUGAACAGAAUCUGUCUGAAGUCUACUUAAAUCAUUCUGUGUUUGCUCCAAACUUCUUUCUGUCUCCUCCAGCAAAACUCUGUAAAAGAAAAAAUUUUCACCAUUAUGUCUUGAAGUAGAUGAUAAAAAAUAAAACAAAGUGAUAAUUUU